CAAACCCAUAAACCAAACAAUAGCUUCAAAUCAUCUUUCUUGUCAAACUCUCUUCUUUGUCCAAAUGAAUGGAGAUCUUCGACUUACCCUCUCCCUUGGCCUUCUCCUGUUCACCAACAACCAGGUAACACCCCUGAUCUCUGUCUUUGCCUCUCUCUCUUGUCUCUGUUUGACGUAUUGCUAACUCUCUAAUGGAGUUUAGGCAUAGAAAGUUAAUGGCAAAAGCAGUCAACGCCACCGAUACCAAUCCCAUACCAGAAGUCUGUGAAUCAUCUUGUGACAAAUUAAAUAAGUCUGGAUAUUGUCUCUCUUCAUGUGAAACUUUCUGUCCAGACAUCUGCCGUAAAGAGUUUCAUAGAUCACUGCCUUUAAACAAGUUCUUGAUCGCGUUGAUUGUUGUGAUAUCUGCUGCUUUUCUUUGUGUUUUCUGUUAUACUGUCUAUGUAAGGUACUUUGGUACUAAUCGGAGGAGAUUGCAACCACCUGAGGGGAAUCAACAGACCCAUGAUGAGUUUCUUGACGAAGAUCAUGGCCCUGUGGUUGAUCAUCAUGUUUGGUAUAUAAACACAAUCGGGUUGCAGCCAUCCGUCAUCAGCUCGAUCGCGGUUUGUAAGUAUAAGAGAGGUGAAGGACUUGUUGAAGGAACAGAUUGCUCUGUUUGCUUGAAUGAGUUUGAAGAAGAUGAGACUCUUAGGCUUUUACCUAAGUGCAGCCAUGCUUUUCACAUCCCUUGUAUUGAUACUUGGCUAAGAUCUCAUACUAAUUGCCCCAUGUGUCGUGCCCCGAUUGUCAAUAACGCGGCUGAAGCAUCAUCAUCAUCAUCGAUUGCAAACGUCGAUAAUUCUAGCACCGGAGAAGAUGAUGCUUUAGAUAACAGAAUCUUGGAAGCCAACGAAGAAACCAAUACAGAAAUGGAAGAUGAGACUUUAGAAAAUGAGUUAGCUGUUGAGAAUGGAAGAAAAAGAGGUGAAAUUUUGGAGGAAGAUGUGGGAGAAGAGUUACAGCCAAUAAGAAGAUCAUUUUCUAUGGAUUCCUUAUCAGCCUUGAAGAUCACUCAAAUUCUUGCUAAUGUUCAUUCAAUGGAAAGUAAUGGCAAUUCAGAUGCAAGAAUGGUGAAAGCGAAUAAAUCUGGUAGGGGUAGUUUCUCUCAGAGGAUCGUUGGAGAUCUGAGCUUAUUCAGAGUGAUGGGUGCUUCUUCUAGUGUGAGGUCUUGUCAAGAUGGGUCUAGUUUGAUGCAAAGGUCACUUUCUUGCUAUGGGAAGCUCUUGUUACCUACAGGUAGCCGGAGCCGGAACCGGAACCAGAACCAGAAUUCGAUUCUUCCUUCAUAAAUUUUCUGUCCUAUACUUUGAGGUUACAUGUCUGCAAAGCUUGAUACAGCCUGUGAACUCUCUACAAGCUGAGAGUUACAUUUUGCUUAUUCCACUGAAAGUCUUCAAGAUUACAUAUGGUUACAGAAAUGCAUAAUAAGUCUUCAAGAUUUCAUAUAGUUGCAGAAAUGCUAAAUAAUACAAUGCAAUUGUAAGACUUUUGUUCUAAUGAAGUGAUCUUUUAUAUC